GAUCUGAUAAUGUAGUAAUUAUUAACCCUUUAAGAAUAUCUUCCCAAUUACAGUCAAGAAUUCGGUAUAGAGCUCUUAUAAAAGAACAACAGAUUCAGAUGAAUACUUCUUGUCUCUUGAUACCAGCGUUUCCAUAUCCUUUUGAUGCAUUGAUAUCAAUCACAGUUCUUAAAG